AUGGCCACUCCGACUCACCUGUCUCCCGCGUUGCGACGCCUGCUGGGCGACAUGAACGACGUCAUGGGGCGACACGCCAUCAUGCCGCGGCGUAUCAAGUCAGCCCUGGAAACGCACCUCGAGUCAACAGGCCAGUUUGACCGGAUACACGAGUACAUGUUCUCUCCCGAUGGAAAUAAGGAUGUGGUGAGGGAGCAGCAGAGCGGCGAGCAACUGUUGCGCCGGGCUGCGCGCAUCGCGGCUCGGUCGAUUGACUGCUCUUGCAUGCUCAGCGACGAGGCCGCCCGGAACAACAUUUUACACUCGCCUGUGCUGAACAUGCUGGUCUAUGAUGCGGGUGAUGGCCCAGCUGAGGAUAUGCUAGACUUUUCGUCUUGGUCGUUUCUCCCUCUCCUCUCUCUCCAUCUCUUUGUCUCUCGUCACUCUCCACGUCUUCUUUCUCAGGCGAUGUCUUCUUUUCUGCUGACGUCCAUCUACACCGAGGAAAUUUUCCAAUGCCAGCACCGAAAUGAGCAUGGUGGUGUGGGCAUCAAUCAGCCCCGGGUUGAUACUGGCUGUGGCCCAACUUUUAGGCGAAUGUGUCACCUCAGCCGCACUUUUGGUGUGACGGGACACUGGGUGCAGCUGUUUUCGUGUCAGCAAGCUAUCAUAGCAGCUAACGUCGUGGAACCUUUCACUGAGCUCCGCCACUCGGCUAUGGCUACUCAUCCAACUUUCCCACUGCUACUACAGAGUCUGCACUCUGCACACAUCUCGGAUUUUGCAGUUUCGAAUCACGAGGACUACAUAUUCUUUGACCCAGAAAGCAACCGCAAAACUGGCGCUCCAAUCAUCCGUGCAAAGUCCAAGUUUACUCUGCGCCGAAUCGAAAAUGAUACUGCCGAAUACUUCUGCUACUGGAGUCCAUUUGAACAGAUGUCAAACCACUCAUCCGGAAUCCACGACAGGGCUGUCAUACGAGAUAGAGAGACAUCAUGUUCCUCCAGGUCCAGGAGACGCGCUAGAAGAAGAGGGAAAAGGAGAGACAGAAGAAGAGGUAGAAGGAGGGACAGAAAAGGAAACACACGACGAAGAGACCAGACCAGUCCGUGCGAAAAUGGGAGGCUAGGUGGCGAUGGCUACCAACCCCAAGAUGUCGACAGUAUUCGUGGGGUGCAUGGACGUUCCAUGCAUUCUGUGUGGAAUACCCUACCAGAAGAACAGCUCAAGCGUAUAUUGGCAUUCGAAAAUACGUCAUGGAUCGACCGUACAGGUGGUGAGUUUACAGGCCAGACACUGUUGCAGCGCUUCACGGAAGAUACCGAACGUGCAUCGCAAUACAUGAACCGGGUAGUGGAGGAAGUCUCCUCAUUCUGCGGUGACCAAACGCUGCAUAACCUAGAGUUAGGUUAUGACAAGAUUCCCUUGACAAAGACUUAUCUCGACGAUCGAACCUCUGAAGGCCGCCGCUCGGAUCAACAACGACGGCCUGGACCCUUGUCGGUGCGCCAGCUAUACUUGGAAUUAAGGGAAAAGAGGUUCCCGCUGUGUAAUCUGGACGGUGCUCGGGAUCACAAUACCGCUGCCGUUGAUAGCGACUCAGUGCGGCCUGCUCCUCGUCUGAAUGCUGACCGUCGUGUCAUAUUUAUUACUGAUCUGAACCCUUGGGGAGCCAUGGCCUUGGCUUCUACGGCAUCAAAGAAUGAAGCUUUGAAGGUACAUCGCAUGAUUUACAGACAUUUGACGUUUGAAAGCCACAUUUGUGUUCGUAGCGUUGCUUCAAAUCGAUUUCCCUUUUACGAGUUCGCAUUUGAUAUUCCUUACUUUGUUUGGAGAACUACACCAUCCGAAUCGAAACCAGACGACGCGAAAGUAAGAGGUCGCAGUGACCCACUUCGAAAAGUCAUAGACUUGACAUUUCUUCCGAAAGAUAGCCCUGCAUCAGCUUGCCCUUCUCCAACCGACUAUCUCUGUGGGGCUCACACAUCUGUACUCAUCUCAGCGAUAGAUUCUCGCCGAAAUAUUGCAUAUGCCCUUGUGGAUGCAUAUUUUGACAAUGACGCAAAGCGAGAGAGUGCCAGUGACUACUUCAACAACCUGGAUUCCGACAAUGAUUCACACAGUGACGCCGACAGCGAGGAGGAAGAUACCUAUGCGGAGGACGACUUGCUCAAUACUGAUCCUUUGACCAGAGGAGAUUUUGACGCUAAUAUUCCUAUCCAAGAUCCCUGGAUUUAUUUCUGGGCUUCAUUCAAAGCCAGGAUAGAGGUAGCAGAAGCCGAAUGGAAGAUCGUUGUGAAGAACACGCAAGACAGAAUCAAAACAUACAUUUCAUCAUCUCAACUCGACCAUCGGCCCUUUCCUAGCAUUACAUCCGAACAGCAUUGUGCCUGGAUCCGAGAUGCAAGGAGCUUAUUAGGGACACUGAGAGAACCCUUGGAAGCAUUGAUACAUGAGUGGAAACAAUUCAAACCUCAUGGCUCAUUUUCUAAAGAUUCAGUGGCCCGAGAGAUGUCCUCCGUUGAUGAGUCUUUCCAAGAGCUGGAAAAAUGCGUACUAAAACUGAAGUGUCUACGGAGGACCUGCGAUGACUUCUCCAAAGGGGUUGCUCUCUAUAUGAAAGAGGAAGCUAAUCGGGGCUCUAAAACCCAAGCCGGAGUCACUCGGUUUGGCACCAUAAUUGCUAUUAUCAUGCUACUUUUCCACGGACCACUCUCGAUUUCCAGUGGAAUUUUAUCCAUGCAAGCCGAUGCAAUUCCACACUUCUUGGGACCAACAAAAAUCACUUUUGCUGCUUUAACGACAGUUCUGAUAGGAACGGUGCUGGUAUUUGUCUUGUUAAUCCAUUUCGGCAUACAGUUCUGGCGCUGGUGCGAACAUGCUUUCAUCACGAAACCUCGACAAAAAGCUAACCUACUCACAUUGUGAGGAUGAGGACAUUAUUAGACAAAAAGUGGGAAUCGGACCUAGAGCAGGUGAUUGCAGCGAAGCAGAAUGGGUCAUUGACGCCUUCAGGGUCUUUCAUGCACCUGUUUACGUUUACAGUUGAUUGUCGUUUGGAGGAAGACGCGGAGAGAAGAUCUAGAUUUAGCAACACAAUUCCACUGCAAGGCCUACGUCCCUUGCAUAGCCCUGAUAAAGUGUAUACAACGUUGAUGUGUGCUUUAACUCCUCAUUAUCUUCCAACGUGAAGUCUGUUUAAGCGGGUUCGGCAGAUUCAUCUAGUGAUGGAUCCGUUACCGCCAAAUUGAUUAAUGGAAUAGUGUUCAAAUUGAUUAUGAUGAUCGUAAUGGUCCUUCCUUGCGGUCAUCCGGAUCGGCCGGAAGAUGGUUGUCUAACCCCCCUUCUGGCUAAUGUCCGGAUAUCACUCUGUCGAAGGAUUCCUAGUACAGGGUCUCCAU